AUGGUCGGAAGUACAGAUGUCGAAAGAUUGCUGUCUACAGGCACUUGGACCCAGAGAGCUAAAAAUCCCGGAUUGUCUAACCCGGUCCGAGCGAACCAGUCGUCCAAGCUAGAGCCUCUGAACCCAAAGGGCCCAAGAUCGUACAGGUCUUCCACCUUCUUGGCCCGGCGUGUUCCUUUCCCUCCGCCUCCCAGCGUCGAAGAUGAGGCUGCGUCGAUCGCCAAGGAACAGGGCAGUUCUGUUGUGGGCGUAAUCGACGAGGAGCCCAAGUGCAGGGGCGAUGUCGAGCAGAAUCCCAUCAUCCUUCCCGUCCCUGAGUUCAACCCGGAGCGCCGAUAUGUGCUCGUCACACCGUCUGAGACAGACGAUGCCUGUCUCUCCGACACUGCGGCUGAAGAGAGACCUGUCUCGACCCCACGCACGGAGUAUUCUGCCAACACCAAGAUUCCGCUUGACCGAAAGGCAGAUGAAGCGCGCGGCAGCGCAAAGACGUACCCACUCUGCUAUGGAUGUACCAAGGGAGUCGAGAAGGACGGCAGAGCGAAACAGCUCCUACAGGACCGAGCAGUCCGGCCGGGCGAGGAGGAGCGGCCCGCCAUCCCCAACUCUGGACCAGCGUCAAUUGCCACCAAGAUCGACCCGCAGAGACCUUUCUCCGGCGAGAUCGCAUACGCCACAGCCAAAGCUGAGCCGACGGAAAUCCAGUUACAACAACCGCCCGUCUGUGCCUCGGGAGGAUGA